AUGACACCUCGUGCAGUUCUAGUGGCGUUUGUUCUGGCGCUAUCCCUGGCAGGAGCUAUACCACCGGCUGCGCCGACCGGUGCCCUGGAGGCAACGGAAUUCAUGCAGGAAAUUGAAAACGAGUGCCGAAACGCCACCGGAAGUGACAAAGCUUUCCACGAGCUGAUGCAUGUUUUGCAUCAGGAAACCCCGCGCUGUUUUACCGGUCACGUGAACAUGAGUUUUCUGCAAACAUCGGUUGACAACUUGAGCAAGCUGGAGCAAUCCAGAAUAUUGGAGCAAAUUUGUGGGCAAAUCGAACAAUCUCUAACCUGCAUUGAUCCGGUGGUUGAAAAGGUAAAACCGUGCUUCACCGAUCCGGAUGAUAUGGAAAUUUUGCAGAAAAUCGUUGAUACAGUGCCGGAGGCACUGAAGUUGGUUUGCAACGACAGUGGAGCCAUGCUGUUAAAACUUCGUGAACCACUUUCCCGAUCGUGUGCCAUCGAACUGGCCCCGGCUGUGGACGAGUGCAUGGACUUGGUUUCCAACAAAACCAUGGAAAUGGAUUUGAAGAAGUACACCAUUACCGAGUGCAACGAAAUCUAUAAAAUGCGAGACUGCAUCAACAAUCAUAUCCGGGACUGUGGAGCAAUGAGUUACCUGGAAUUGUUUAGCUUGUUCUAUCGGAAUCUGCUGAGCCUAACGCCCUGUAAAUGA